AUGGCGGCGCGGCGCGGCGAGARGGAGCCGGCGGACGCGGUGCAGCAGGAGCGGAUCCUGCGCGAGCGCGUGCGGCGGGAGCUGCGCUGCCAGCGGCUGCACACCGAGUACGGCGUGAACCCGCUCCGGCCCGUUCACAUGAUCACCAGGAAGCCCAUGGCUUGGCACGACAACAUAGAGGAGCCUGCGGACGCCAAGUUCCUGAAUCUUAUUCACCACGCAGCACUGGAGCCAACCAAGAAAUACUCAGAGCCACAAACUGAAAGCCAGGAAAUUGGCUGGAACACAACUCCUUUGAUUCACGUGGACCGCACUGACUGCAGACUGCACUUCCCACGCCGCAGCACGGAGAUCACGAGAUACAUGGCUGCCUUCUGGCGCCUGAAGGAGCAGUCUGAGAACCUGCAAUAGUGUGGUCCAGGCACACAACUCCAAUGCAAACAGUUAAUGCCAUCUAACGGGUUAGACCUUGUUAAUAAUUAAGUGAUUCUGGUAGAUUUCUGGCAAAAGAUGAGAAAAGGAAGGAGAGAAGCCAGSAGCCAGGCCGACCAAAUUCACAGCUUGACAAGUUAUAAAAAUAAACCCAUUUU